CCUGGGCGGGGUCUGUUCCCGCUCCGGAGAUGGUGGAGCCGAUGUGAGCGGAUCGGGGUGCAGAGCGGCUGCGGCCCCCCCUGGCCCCGAGCCCCGGGGGGAGCCCGGCCCCCCCCCCCAGCCCAGCUAUGCCCGCGGGCAGCACCGAGCCCGAUGGCAUCCUCAGCUAUCAGCAGGGACCCGAUGAAGAGGCAGUGGUUGACCAAGGAGGAACGAGCAACGUUGUCAAUAUCCACUAUGAGAAGGAGGAGCUGGAAGGACACCGGACCCUGUAUGUGGGUGUGCAGAUGCCCUUGGUGAGGCAGAGCCACCGGCACCACCGGCCCCGCAGCCAGAAGCAUCGGAAGCGCGAACGGGCGAAGGAGGCAGCUCCUGAAGAGCAGGGCUACCACUACACUCCAUCACAGCGGGUGCAGUUCAUCCUCAGCACCGAGGAGGACGAGCAGCACGUCCCUCAUGAUCUGUUCACCGAACUGGAUGAGAUCCGCGUGAAAGAAGGCGAGGGCACAGAGUGGAAGGAGACAGCGAGGUGGCUGAAAUUCGAGGAGGACGUGGAAGACGGCGGCGAGCGCUGGAGCAAACCCUACGUGGCCACACUCUCCUUGCACAGCCUCUUUGAGCUGAGGAACUGCAUCAUCAAAGGCACAGUGCUGCUGGAUAUGUGUGCCAACAGCACCGAGGAGAUCGCAGAUAUGAUCCUGGACCAGCAGAACCACUCCAGUGAGUUUGAUGAGAGCAUGCGGGAGAAGGUCCGUGAGGUCCUUCUCAAAAAGCACCACCACCAGAACGAGAAGAAGAGAAACAACCUCCUCCCCAUCGUCCUCUCCUUCGCUGACAAGCCAGCCCAAACGCUCAUCCCCCAUCCUCCUCCCACCACCAUAGAAGCUAAAAAUGGGGUAAACCACGACACCAGCCCCAUGGAUUUAAGCAAGGCAGAGCUGCACUUCAUGAAGAAAAUUCCCACUGGGGCUGAAGCAGCAAACGUGCUGGUGGGAGAGCUGGAUUUCCUUCAGCAGCCCAUCAUGGCCUUCGCCCGCCUCACCCCGGCUGUCCUCCUCUCGGGAAUGACAGAAGUCCCCAUCCCAACCAGGUUUCUGUUUGUGUUGUUGGGACCAGAAGGAAAAGCCCAUCAGUACCACGAGAUCGGCAGGUCCAUGGCCACGCUGAUGACGGAUGAGGUUUUUCAUGACGUUGCCUACAAAGCCAAGAACCGGGCUGACCUGGUGGCUGGCAUCGAUGAGUUCCUGGAUCAGGUCACAGUUCUGCCACCAGGAGAGUGGGACCCAUCGAUCCGCAUCGAGCCCCCCAAAAACGUCCCUUCUCAGAAAAAAAGGAAGGUGCCCGGAGCUCUGGAUGACAAUGCUUCUCACAGAAAGCCUGAAAAACAUAGCGGCCCUGAACUGGAGCGGACAGGAAGACUCUUUGGAGGUUUGAUCCUGGACGUGAAGCGGAAAGCACCGUGGUUCUGGAGUGACUUUCGGGAUGCGCUGAGUCUGCAGUGCCUGGCAUCCUUCCUCUUCCUCUACUGUGCCUGCAUGUCCCCUGUCAUCACCUUCGGGGGGCUGCUGGGGGAGGCCACCGAUGGCCACAUAAGCGCCAUGGAGUCGCUGCUGGGCGCAUCCAUGACUGGCGUUGUCUAUUCCCUCUUUGCUGGCCAACCUCUCACCAUCCUUGGCAGCACCGGCCCUGUCCUCGUGUUCGAGAAGAUCCUCUACAAGUUUUGCAAGGACUACGCGCUCUCCUACCUGUCCCUGCGGACGUGCAUCGGGCUGUGGACUGCCUUCCUCUGCAUGGUGCUGGUGGCCACGGAUGCCAGCUGCCUGGUGUGCUACAUCACCCGCUUCACCGAGGAAGCCUUCGCCGCCCUCAUCUGCAUCAUCUUCAUCUACGAGGCUCUGGAGAAGCUCAUCUGUCUGGGAGAGACCUACCCGGUGCACAUGCACAGCCAGCUUGACUUCCUCACCCUCUACUACUGUAAGUGUGCAGCUCCCACCCAUCCCACCAAUGAAACGCUGCACUUUUGGCAGAGCAAUGAGGUCAACCCUGCAGCCAUCGCCUGGGAAAACCUCACCGUAUCUGAAUGUCGACAUUUGCAUGGAGAAUUUCAUGGACCUGCCUGUGGACACGAUGGCCCCUACACACCCAAUGUCCUCUUCUGGUCCUGCAUCCUCUUCUUCUCCACCUUUGUCCUCUCGAGUUCACUGAAGAUGUUUAAAACCAGCCGCUACUUCCCAACCAGAGUCCGGUCUACGAUAAGUGACUUUGCUGUUUUCCUCACCAUCGUCGUCAUGGUGGUCAUUGACUUCCUCAUUGGGAUCCCAUCACCAAAGCUCCACGUCCCCCAUAUGUUCAAGCCCACCAGGGAUGACCGUGGGUGGCUCAUGAACCCCAUAGGACCCAACCCAUGGUGGACGGUGUUGGCUGCGCUCAUCCCAGCUCUGCUCUGCACCAUCCUGAUAUUCAUGGACCAGCAGAUCACCGCCGUCAUUGUGAACAGGAAGGAGCACAGGCUGAAGAAAGGAUGUGGGUACCACCUGGACCUCUUCAUGGUGGCUGUGAUGCUCGGGGUGUGCUCAGUGAUGGGGCUGCCCUGGUUUGUGGCCGCGACCGUCCUCUCCAUCACCCACGUGAACAGCCUCAAACUGGAGUCAGGCUGCUCAGCUCCUGGAGAACAACCCAGAUUUUUGGGGAUACGAGAGCAGAGGGUCACGGGACUGAUGAUCUUUGUGCUCAUGGGCUGUUCCGUCUUCUUGACUGCUGUGUUAAAGUUUAUACCAAUGCCUGUGCUGUACGGUGUCUUUCUCUACAUGGGUGUAUCGUCGCUCAGAGGAAUCCAGUUCUUUGACCGCCUGAAGCUGUUUGGGAUGCCGGCCAAGCACCAGCCUGACUUCAUCUACCUGCGGCACGUGCCGUUGCGCAAAGUGCACCUCUUCACCCUGGUGCAGCUCACCUGCCUCGUGCUGCUCUGGGUCAUCAAGGCGUCCCGUGCGGCCAUCGUCUUCCCCAUGAUGGUUUUGGCUCUCGUUUUUGUCCGGAAAGUCCUGGAUUUUUGCUUCUCGAAGCGAGAGCUCAGCUGGCUGGAUGACCUCAUGCCAGAAAGCAAGAAGAAGAAGUUGGACGAUGCCAAAAAUGAAGCCAAAGAAGAAGAGGAGUCUCAGCAAAUGAUGGAAGCUGCUGCUGCAAACUCAGUCCAGCUGAGCCUGGGGAAGACGAGCUACGUGGGUGUCCCCAACCAGAACAGCAGGGACAGGACCGACCCUUCUGAGAUCAACAUCUCAGAUGAAAUGUCGAAGACAACUGUGUGGAAGGCUCUCACCAUGAAUGCAGAAAAACUCUGAAUCCGAGGAGGAAAAAGGUAAAAGUUGUCCUCUUUAGGGAUCUUGGCUUUGAAGGAGAGGAGCGAGAACGUGACUCAGGGAUGAGCCGGUGCAGCUGUGCUGGGUGGAGGAAGCAAACACGCACCCUCCCUGGUUCUCUCCUCCGAGUAGCAGGAUUCCCAUUAAAGCCAUUUAAGAUGUUUCCAGUUAUCCUUGGUGUGCUUCAGGCAUUCAGUAUCUCUAGACCAGCAAUCUGAGGUGCACCUCGCUGUCAGUGGGAGCUCGGUGUUGCUCAGCCUCCGUGUGUACGUGUGUGUGCGUGUGUUGUCGCGGUCUGUGGUGGUAGAGGGGCAGCUACCGCUUGGUCAUUCAGUGCUAUCUAGUUUUUUUUUUUUAAUAUCUAAUCUCUCCCCUCACCCCCCCCCUCAUUUCCCUUUUUCUGUCCAAAUAUAAACUCUGAAUGUACAAAAGAAUUUUCUGUUAUAUUUGACGCAUUCUACACUUCCUUCUUCGUCACUGCCAGAUUUUGGGCAACCAAGCCUUGCUUGGUUGGGGUCCUUGCUUGGAUUCGCUCUUCCCUUCCAUCUCUUACCGGUGUGGGAGAGAUGUCCUUUGUGGUGGGAAGUGCAGAGAGAAAGGAGAAGCGUUUGUUCCAGUUUUGUCAUCAUUUUUUUGCUUUGACUCCAGAAUCAGCAGGUGCCCAUGGAAGGGCUUGGAAUUGAGUGAUCUUUAACAACUCAACGGAUUGUUCUGUGAUCAUUGAUCGUUCAAAGAUCAUUGGUUCUAUGAUCUUUGAGGUCCCUCCAACACAGUCUUCCUAUGAUUCUAUAGCCUUUAAGAUCAUUUCCAACCCAACCAUCUUAUCAUUCCAUGAUCUUUGAGGUCCCUUCCAAGCCAACCGUUCUGAGGUUCUAUGAUUUUUCAGGACUCUUCCAACCCAAACCAUUCUGUGGUGCUUUGAUUCUAAAAAGCUGAAAUGCCACCUUCUUGUCCCUGGCUGUGAGUUGGAUAUAAGGAAACUCCUAAAACCCACUGCUUUGAAUAAACCACGUAGUCAUGGGAGCAGCCAGCCACAUCCAUUGCUUUCCUUGCUUUACAUCCUCAAGAAUACUCUGCUCAUUUUCUUUGCCCCCCACCCCAUGCAAAAAGCCUUUUCUCUUUCAAGGUAGCAUGGAGCAUCAGGAAAAUGAAUUAUCUUCAGUGUCCCUUCUAACCCAACCAUUCGGUGAUUCUAUGGAAGCAGGAAGAGGUUUUUCCUUUUUGCUUUCCCUGCUGCCCUGCAGGAAGAUGCUGUUGAGCAGGGAUGGUACCCAUGUGCUCCUCACAUUUUGGGAGCCAUUGGGCUGUGGUCUCACCCCUGAGACAGACUCCUUUGGGUGGCCAUGGAGCCUGGGAGGAAAGGGAACACAGAAGGGACAGUUGUCCUGUCCCCAUCCCAUGUGAAGUGGCUCCAGGCACUUGGAGCUGCUGCCAUCUCCUCAUCCCAUUUGCUGUCCCAUCCAUCGGUUCAACCUUUCCAUGCCUCAGACGAACCCAGAACACUAAUAAAUGGAUGGGGGAAAAUAAUCUUCUGUAAGGAUGUCAGUGGUGCAUCAGCAAACGGGGCAGAAAGUCACUGAUUUGGAUUUGCAAACCGUGCUUUGGUGGCUGGUGGUUGUCAGAGAAAGAGAAGGGGAUUUACCUCUUGCAGGGGAAAAUAAACUUGAGUUGGAGGAAGGAAGAGCUGCAAAGCCUGGGUUUGCUCAUUGCACGAGAGCAGUGCAGCUCUGACCUUGGAAUUAUUCACCCUCUGUCUGCAGGACAGCUGCUUUCUGUCUAUUAGCCUCUGAUUAUGAGCAGAAAGUCGGUCUCCACUCCUGUUCGCCCCAGAAGGGACUGCGGCCAGGGGAUGGGAUUGUUUUCUACAUGCACUCAGCGUCCCACAGCUGGCAUUGAAGGAGCAGAAAAGUCCCAGCCAUGAAGGCAAAUAUUAUUGGUUCCUUAUGUUAAAAGCAAACCAGGCUUCCUCAGAGUGCCCUGGCACAGGAUGCACAAACAUCCGGAUCUGAAAUGAUUUUUUCCCCUGUUUGCAGGCCUAGUCUUCUCUCCUUCAUUUUAUUUUUAAGUUAUUAUUUAAAAGGAAGCAGAGUUCUAAUUCUUAAUGCCAUUAUUGCAAUUGCAGCUGCAGUUCUUGGUGCUGCUGCUUCGUUUACUCACCACCAACCCAUGGAUUGCUCUGUAUGAGCAGACUUGAUUGGGGCUGGUGAUCUUAGAGGUCUUUUCCAAUCGUAAGGAUUCCACGAUUUGGGGAGGAUUUGAUAUUUCCAUGUAGGGGGCAGGGAGCACCCCAAAGGCAGCCCUGGAAUCAGCAUGGGAUUAAAAUCACUUCCUUGCAACGUGCCGUGUUGGUUCAGUUGGCAGCAAACUCCAUUGCAGGAUGGGUGCUGGGGUUCAUCCUCAUCUCUGGUGCCUUAAAGCAGCUCCUGGGGCCAUGCACAAAGGCGGCUCUGUUACAUGAGGGGACUUUGGAAGCACUGGGGAUGCGAGGAGGAGGAGGAAAAGGAGGAGGAGGAGGAGAAGGAAGAAGGCUCACAACCAGCAGUGCAAAAAGCAAAGCUCCUCUCUCCCAUAGGAUAAAAAAAAGAAAAAAAAGAAAAAAAAAAAGGAUCCUAAAUGAAUCCUAUGGAGAGCCCUAAGUGAAGAUGGGCGGGAGGAAAGUAAGAGGGUAAUAAGCUUGGUGCUGGCACUUCUGUUUUGUCCCAGUAUAUUCUCCCUUCUGCCAUCUGAAUGUAGAAAUAGAGGAAUUAUUUUUGUUCCGAGAUACUGAAAUGAAUUUAUUUUUGUUGCAAGAGAUGAUCUAGUUUGGAAACGCACAGUGUUGUAAAUAAAACGGGGAGGAAAAGAAAACAUCCGACCAAAUCUGUGUUGUCUCCCAGUUCUGAAUUUUAAUUUAUAUAUUUUUAAAGAAUUCGAUUUAUUUAGGGCUCAUUCUGUGAAACCCAAAUGCCAUCACUCCGUGUCGCUGUCUCGUGGUUCCUGUCUCAAAUUGUUGCUGCUAUUGACAUGUUCCACCAUCCCAGCCCCAUCUGCUGGGUUUUCUCUGUCGUUCACUGACCACAAUGGGAAAACCACCCAAUAAAAUCUGUUUGUGUCUC